CUGCAUCUUAUUUGUAAAGGCACUUACGUCGGUUGGUCUGAGAAAGAAGAGCUCCAUCAUCCAUGUGCUGUGAGUACCGCAUGGUGCAACGGUUCCAAGAUUUCAUGUACAAGACCCAUUUAGUUGUUAGCCUCUGCACCGCUGGGUGCUGGGCCGGCGCGGUACGUCGGUACGUACCUUUGUACCCCCUUCCCUCCUCUGCCAUGUUCUGGUGUGUUACCGUACCGACCUGGGGGACGUGCCCACUCUUUCCACUUCCAUGCAGCAUCCCCCGUCCGCCCACUACCAAACCAAGCGUCCCGCUAGGGUGCCCUCACUGCACUGUGGUCCCUAAAUCCGGGCCACGGGCUGCCAGGCUGCCUGGGUCGUCGAAUAAAUCCCCUGCAGUCACCCUUCCUGUUCCUUCCCUCCCACGCGUGCCUUGCAUCAAAGCUGCUUUCCGACGUCAAGCCCACCCAGCGUCACCCAACUCGUCCGUCCGCCCACUCCUCUCCCCCGUACACGCUCACAAAAACACCCACUCUUCAACCUGGGACGCGCUCCAUCACGCUCCCCUUUUCAGUCUGCUCUCUCUUCUCUACCCACACACCUCCCAACGUCUCGUUUAAGGCCCGCCCACAAACUUCGAGCGCCUUAGUGGUCACCGGACUCUGUCUCGUCAGCUUUCCGGCAAAUCUGUCUGCCAGACACAACUGGCACAAAAUCCUCUUCUCCCCCAGCCGCCCGCCAUCAACCUAACAAGAUGGACAACCAAUUCUCUUGCGGUCUCUGCACCAUUGCUCUUUGAUCGAGCGCCCUGGGCCCUAUCGGGACUACACACAUAGUCCUGAAAGUUCCCUCCGCCAUUACAACACACUCUCCUCUUCCCCUACUGACUCAACCCUCCGCCUCGCUUUGCAUCUCUCCGCCCUGUCACAGGCGCGCUAUCCAGCCAAAGCCUCACCUCACUGGAUCACCCCCACGCUCCAUCACAACUCAUAACUCCCACCACUCCCACCUUCUCACCAGCCCGUCUUUGCUCCCACCCCCCUAGGAGCCGGCUGUUGAACCCCAAACAAUCAUCCUGUCUGCAAGGCAUGAACUUUGUCCUGAUACUCUUCUUGGCAAAGUUGGUCGUGGCUAUAUCACUAGUGGUUGCACAGAAUAUCCUGUUUCAGAGUCGGACAGGCAGCUUUUACCAGGACUGGUCUCGGAACUACAUCUCUUUGGUCAGCACACGCAAGGAUUUCAGAAUUAUGGACGCAGUAAAAGACACACAACCCGCCCAGAGCGGUAAGGGCUUGAGGGAGCGGAAGUCCUUUCUCGGCAUGGCGGAGCAGGAGGGCAUGAAGCAAGCAGGCGCCGGCGCGGAGGACCCAGAUGUUGAGCCUCAGGCCGUGGAGAUGCAACGGUCACAGUCAGGCCAGUUGUCCCUGAAGUCGCUGAGGUCCACACCAUCAACCUGUUCUCUGGCCACCGAGAACAGCAUAUCCAAGGACACACUCGGAGGCCGAAACGUGCUUGGCCAGCCGGCCAACUUCGGAACAGUCGUCCCAGGAAUCUACCGCAGCAGCUACCCCAAGGAUGCUGAUUACGCAUUCCUCCAGAAGCUGAAGCUGAAGACCAUCAUCACACUUGUCGACAAGGAGUUACCCGAGACAUUUGUCCCGUUCAUGAAGGCCAACAACAUCCAGCACCGCCACAUCACCAUGCAGGGCACCAAGAAGGAGACCAUACCUAUUCAGACAAUGGCCGCCAUUCUUGAUGUCGUGCACGACAAGCGCAACCACCCUCUCCUGAUUCACUGUAAUCAUGGCAGACAUCGAACUGGUUGUGUUGUCGCUCUGGUUCGCAAGAUUCAGAACUGGGAUUCAGAGCGCGUCCUGGAUGAGUACAGGGCAUAUGCGGCGCCAAAGGUUCGAGACUGUGACGUCGACUACAUCAGCAAGUUCCAGACUGCCGAUAUCCAGCACCUGGCUCUGGCCCCCCUUGCCGAAUCAUUUCCGGUCCCACCCGUGAUGGAUUUCCGUCGAAUCCGAUUCCUUCUCGCUUCAUUAUUCGCCAUCUUUAUCUGGUGGAACACAUUGCGGUUUUUCCGACGAAGCGGCAGUCAGCGUGAUGCGAUCACCGGCCUUUGAUGCUGACUCCCGUUCCGAUAUCAAUUUUUCGCACUUAUGCUACCACAAUUCGGCCUCGCUACGCGUCCGCUGGCCCACGGAACAGCCUCCUCGACCGCGGAACUGCUGGGCAGCGACCGUGUAGCAGUCUCGCGGAUUGGGCAUUUCGAUGUCACUGCUUUUAUGUGUUGGCCACCUUUUCUCUCUUGACUCGGUUGGGACUCUUCACAGGGGUAUAGACAGGUUAUUAUUGGGGGCUAUCAAGAGCUGAGAUGUCCUCCUGGCGUUUUAAGGACAAGGGCCGGCUCUGUUGAUUAUCGAGUCGACGUUUCUUUUGUUUACCGGCUAGUGUACUGUACAGAAUAAAAGUUGAGUGCUGUUGUGCUAUAAAGUCCUCGGUAGAGGCUCGAGGGCCGAGACGGCAUGGAAAGAGUUAUACCCGGGCAGCCUCUUGAUGAGGUCUGGUUUGGAGUAAAUGAUACAUGGAGCUCCUGCAGUUCCUCGUCCAAGUAUUUACAUAAAGAUGUGACCGAGCAUCCCAGUGACAGUGUUGUUGUUUAUGCGGAAUCUGUGUGACGGACGCCUUGAGCGUGCAUUUCUUCUUUGAGCCGUUGCAGCUGCACUGCUGGACAGCCAUGCUGCAGCCAGCCCAUGGGCGGGAACCAAUCCCUCCAGGAACAUGCAGACAUUCCAUUGAGUCUCGACUCCCUCAUCUUCCGACACAUCACAACAAACACAGGGGUCAGCGUCUCACAGAGAGAAAGGCAACCGCCUUAAC